UGGUAGCCCUCGCACCUGUUAAGACCUUUUUGGUGUUUUUUUUUUAGUUCUCCCGUUAUGUUUUCAGCGUCAUAUCCCCCGUCGCUGGAAGAAUGUCGAGACCGAAUGAUUUAAAAAUAGGAUCUCUCCUCUGACAGCCUGCUCUAAUGACUCCYGUAGCAUUGUAGUGCGAGGAGUAGGAAUGGGAAGAUGGCUGCAGAUCUAGGAGAGCUGCUGGUCCCUUAUAUGCCCACCAUCAGAGUUCCCAGAWCAGGAGACAGGGUUUUCAAGAAUGAAUGUGCCUUUUCCUACGAUUCGCCCGAGUCUGAGGGAGGCUUGUAUGUGUGUAUGAACACAUUCCUGGGCUUUGGCAGAGAACAUGUGGAGAGACAUUACCGUAAAACSGGACAGAGCGUKUACAUGCAUCUCAAACGCCAUGUCAAAGAGAAAGCUACAGGUGCCGCAGGGGGUGCCAUCCCCAGAAGAAGAAAUGGAAAAGUGUUCCUAGAUUUAGAACUAAACCGUGAUUUUAACGGAGAUGAGUAUGAGUGUGAAGACGAGGCCAAGCUCGUCAUAUUUCCAGACCACUUCGAGAUCCCCUUACCAAAUAUUGAGGAGUUGCCUGCACUGGUGACAAUAGCCUGCGAUGCCGUGCUCAACGCUGCGUCAGCCUACAAAAAACAGGAGCCCGAGUCCUGGGACGAGGAGAUCCAGGUUUCCAAACAUGCCAGGAGUCUCCGACAGCAGGACAACGGCGUGAGGAUCCCACCCAGUGGAUGGAAAUGUCAGAAGUGUGAGAUGAAAGAGAACCUGUGGCUGAACCUGUCGGACGGAGCGGUGCUUUGUGGGAAGUGGUUCUUUGAUGGUGCCGGAGGAAAUGGCCACGCCUUGGACCACUUCAAAGACACUAACUUCCCCCUAGCCGUCAAGCUGGACAACCUCACCCCAGACAUAGCAGAUAUUUAUUCRUUCGAUGAAGAAGAAGCWGUCCUGGACCCGCAAAUAUCCGAACACUUGCAACACUUUGGAAUAGACAUUAUACAGAUUCAGCGGAAUGGAACAGAUAACGGCCACCACAACACAGACAACACAAACAACGUGCGGCCGCGAGUCAGCGAGUGGGAGGUGAUCCAGGAGUCGGGCAUGAAGCUGAAGGCAGUGUACGGCUCGGGUUUCACGGGCAUCAAGAACCUGGGUAACAGCUGCUACCUGGGCACCAUCAUGCAGGUCCUCUUCAGCAUCCCUGAGUUCCAGAGGGCGUAUGUUGGAAAUCUACAGAGGAUAUAUGACUACUCACCUCUUGACCCCAGCACGGACUUCAGCACACAAAUGGCUAAACUGGGCCACGGACUCCUCUCAGGCCUGUACUCCAAACCACCAAUGAAAUCCGAGCUCAUUGAACAGGUGAUGAAAGAAGAAUACAAGCACCAGCCAAAGGGUAUCUCUCUCAAGAUGUUCAAAGCCCUGGUUAGCAAUGGCCACCCAGAGUUCUCCUCCAACAGACAGCAAGAUGCACAGAAGUUUUUCCUGCAUCUCAUCAACCUGGUGGAGGUAUGCAUGUAUGGCUUCAUACGUGUUUUCUAUAAACUCUUCCGCUACCUGGUGGAGGAGCGCGUGCAGUGUUGCCACGAAGAGGUGCGCUACACCCAGAAGGUGGACUACCUCAUGCAGCUCCGCCCCAUCGAGGCCGCCUCCAACAGAGAGGAGCUGAUAGCGUAUGAGCCAAGCGAAACGAAGGCAGAGGAGAACAUGAGAGCCCCUCCAGAGCCUGUGAGGGCCCGGAUCCCCUUCACAGCGUGCCUGCAGGCCUUCACGGAGCCAGAAAACGUCCCCGACUUCUGGAGCUCGGAGCUGCAGGCCAAAUCAGCUGGAGUCAAGUAUUUGUCCAUAGACAUCCCAGACUUCCUGGACCUGUCUCGGCUCCGGGGAACAGGACUGCAGGCGGGAGAACAAGAGCUCCCAGACCUCACACCCCCCAUCGUCCUCCCUGAAGACACCAGAAACAACUCRAUGAACUCCUCAGAUUCUCCAGAAAUAGACGAGUCGGCGGCAGUGCAGCUGGCGGAGAUGGGCUUCCCUCUGGAAGCCUGUCGGAAGGCCAUCUACUACACUGGGAACAUGGGCCCCGAGAUGGCCUUCAACUGGAUCAUAGCCCACAUGGAGGAGCCUGACUUUGCUGAGCCCCUGGCACUGCCAACCUUCAUGGAUCCCGGCCCUUCCGUGGCCAGCUCGGGCCUGGCUGCCACCCCCCUGGACAACCACCCUCCAGAGGAGAGCAUCGGCAUCCUCACCUCCAUGGGCUUCCCCCGCCGCCACACYGUCCAGGCCCUAAAAGCCACGAACAACAACCUGGAGCGGGCGCUGGACUGGAUCUUCACCCACACGGAGAGGGAAGAGGAGGAGACUAGCGAYGCCCUGUCUGACAUGGCCGACACCACGGAGCCCAACGACAGCGCCUUCUCCAAUGCCAACACGCACAGCGACUCCACACUGUCCCCAGACCAGGACGCCUCAGGCCCCCRGAUCAAAGACGGACCCGGGCGUUACGAGCUUUUUGCUUUCAUCAGCCACAUCGGAGCGUCCACGAUGUCUGGUCAUUAUGUAUGCCACAUCAAAAAGGAAGGAAGAUGGGUGAUCUUCAAUGACCACAAAGUGUGUUUGUCAGAAAGGCCUCCAAAAGACUUGGGCUACAUCUACUUUUACCGUCGACUGUCUAGCAGCUAGACCAAGCCCCCCCCCCCACCCUCCAACCUUAGAGAACCACAUCCUCACAACCAGAAGACAGGAAGACGACCACAGUGGAAAUUAUGGAAACACUCACACCCCAGAGCAGCCMAAAAAAAGAUUGGAACCGCUCGACUCAGCCAAGUCACUCAAGAGCAACCGGAAAGUGCGGUCAAAAGGGAAAGCAAUUAGCUUUUUGUAUGUCUCCGAGAUUCCCGUGUGCUUGUGUGUAUUGAAACGUGUUAUUUGUCUGCGGGCAAGUGUCAAACUCAUUCCACGGAGGGCCAAGUGUCUGCAGAUUUUUGCUCCUCCCUUGUACUUGAUUGAUGAAUUAAG